GGUGCUUCUUGUUUUAUACCACAAUCCCCCGCUGUAGUGACUGGAAACGACAAGAGGAAGAUGGAGUUCUUCAGAGCAGUAAGGGGGUUUAACAGCUUUCAAAUGGCGAUGCUAGCCAUCUUCGCAGUCCUGACAGCAGGUGCAUUUGGGGACAGCUUCACUGUGCUGCGAGCACCUCAGUAUGUCACCUUCAAGGAAGGACAGUGGCCCAUCUCUGGGGAACGGAUCCCUGACCUGGUGGCCUUAACCUUGGGCUUCUCCGUGAAAGAGGACUUAGCCUGGCCUGGCCUGCGGGUUGGCAGUCUUUUUCGUCGCCCUCGUGCGAAUGCUCUCAUUGUAGUGAGGGGCGUGGAUCAGCUGCCUCUGUUGAAGAGUGGAACUUCAUAUCCUGUUGAGAAUGCAGUUCCCUUUACCCUGGACAGUGUUGCCAAUACUAUCCACUCUCUGUUCCCGGAAGACUAUCCUAUCGUUUUGCAGCUGGCUCCGAUUGAAGAGGGGGUGUACAUGGAGGGCAGGGCGAACGCAGUGUUUGAAGAGCUGCCCGUGACGCUGCGUCAGAUCCGCAGCAGGCUGUCGCAGAACAACUCUGUCCUUGACGUCCUGCCCCCAAACUCCUUGAACAGAAACAGUGAGGUGGUUCAGCUGUUCUUCUCUGAGCUGCAAGUUCUACAGGAUAUCAUUGCUUUGCUGUCUCAAUACAAGCACCUGGCGAGUGAGCACUCCCCAGACCUGUACUCCCUUGAUCUGUCCAGCCUGGAGGCGAUGGAGAAGAGCUACGGACAGGACUCCCAGCAGUUCAAGGAAGCCACGCAGAUCCUCGCCAGCAUGCUGCAGAAGUUUGCUGAUGACAUGUUCAGUAUCUACAACAGCAGUGCCGUGGUGGAGCUGGUGACGGUGAAGAAGUUUGAUAGCCCCCUCGUGAGGAAGACGCGAUCCAUCCUGGAGUCCAAGCAGAUUAGUAACCCAGGAAGCCCGUACAACCUGGCCUACAAGUACAACUUUGACUACGCUGUGAUCUUCAACAUCAUUCUGUGGAUGAUGAUCGUCCUGGUUCUGGCUGUGAUAGCGAUCUCCUACAACCUGUGGAACAUGGACCCAGGCUACGACAGCAUCAUCUACAGGAUGACCAACCAGAAGAUCCGCGUGGAUUAGUCAUGUCUCCUACAUUCCUGUUCAAACACGCUCGUGGUCUCAGUUUUAGAGAGUGGCCUUUUGUUUCCAAUACAGGUGUCUUGUAAUGGUAUUGUGUAUUCCACCCAAAAAGAAUUAGUUUCCAUUGAAGUGAAUAUACUGCCCCCUUCUCCAAAGAGAGAUUCUCUCUGCACACGUAGUGAGAUUUAAUCAGAUGUAGCAGUCUGACUCUGGGGAUGAGAUGUUGUACAGUACUGCAGUUUUGUUGUCUGGUCUUUAUGUAGACAUCCUAUAUUAAUGGUUCUCAAAGUUGGAGAUGAGAAGCAUGUGUAUUUUGUUGAGCUUUAUUUUUUCCUGUAACUUCUUGCAUUGCUGAUCUUUUUAUAGUGUCAUGUGAGAUUUCCCUAAAGCAUACAGUAUGUAAAGUGAGAGCUACAGUAAAAACUUUCAUCUCACAUUUAAUUGGUUCCAGGGGUUCAUCGGAUAUGUAGAAAUAUGGCAUCACGGCAGGAGUUGUUAUAUUAUAUAGCAGUUGCUUUAUUAAUCUCGGGGCAUUAUAAAUUAACUGUCGGGUACAUCAGUGUGUCUAAAAAGCACCAAAGUACAGUAUUGCACUUCUGCUAUAAAGAAAAUCUGUGAAUUAUUGCAAAACAAAGCAAUGUAAUAUUUGGCAAUUUUAUAAAACAGAAUUCCAAAAACAGUUCUUACUGUGCUUUCUCGGUCUAUGCCUGACUCUGUGUUUUUGCACUGUGUGUGUUAACCCAAGACUGAAACAACAAGAGCACACAUAAACACAAACUAGCUGCGAAGGUCGAGGAAAAAAUCUUUUCAGCUUAAUGAUACAAUGAUUACUCCCUUGUUUUCUUUUAUUUCUCAUGGUUAAACAUGAAGUGAUAGCAUUUAAAAGUGAAACUCAAUUCCCAAACACACCUUUUUUUAUUUUUAAAUUUGCAUCUGAAUCCACUCUGUCCUGCUAAGAGCUGACUUUACUGUUUUGUACCCACUGGUCAGUUUCCAUCUGUACCGUUGAGUAGGUAGCAGCAUGUGAAGAAUGUUUUUUGUUUUAUUUGGUUUUCUUGAGGAUUUGGUGGUGUGUUUUUAUUUUUUUUGGGGUCUUGACACUGAAUUACUGUUGAUGCAGUAUGACCAUUACUUUGUAAGGUUUUUUUUUUUUCAAACUAGUGAGAAUUGUCUCUUUCCGAUGUUGUAAAUGUUUGUCUAGGAACAAUGUGUACCUAUAUAAUGUAAUUUAACAAAUGAAGGGGUGAAAGCUCUGUAUGUAGUGAACAGAAUAUAGAAUAGUCAAAAGGCUGGUCUGGUCUUAAUGUUGUCUUCUAUUAGUGCUUUGUUUUGGUAACCCAUUCCAACACUAUGGCAGUGUGUUUUGGUAACCCAUUCCAACACUAUGGCAGUGUGUUUUGCCAAAUUGAAUUCUGUUUCGCAAGUCAAAGUUUUUGAAAUUGGGUAUUCAAAUGUGGGAUGAUUUAAACUAUGCAGCCAAAGCUUAAACCUUGUUCCUGAAAAUUGGACCUUGUCGAUUGCAUUGCUGCAGAUGCAUUGGAUUUCCUUUUACAAACAAGAACAAUUGCAAGAUCAGCUGUAAGUAAAACAUUACAUGUACACUGCUGCCACUAGGAUAUGUGUGAAAACAUUGUGAAACUUCAGUGUAAAAUACAUUCAAUAAAUAACCGUCCAGUAACCGUCAA